AGGUCGAUAGAAACGUGUAUACAAUGUGUUUCUCAAAACGUGAUGGCCACUCUCAUACCACGACGUUAAUGGAAAAAUCAAAAUGUCGACCCCAGCUCUGCCAAACACGACGUCGUUUGGGUACAACACCACUGCCAAUAGCACCUGGCCAGAGUAUCAUGGUAACCAUAGUUACACGAAUUUCGAGAUGGACCCGAUCAAAGUCCUGGAGAUAAAGGCUCGACAUAUUCCUGUGAUUGUAGUUUCUAUCCCAUCCAACCUAUUCAUCAUUGCAAUCAUCCUGGGAAACAAAAACUUGCGGACAAAGUCAUUCUUCCUCGGCGUUCUCAGCAUCAGUAUCUUUGACCUGUGCAAUGGCGUGUUUGUACUCCCAAUGAGUCUAGAGCAUGAUCUUCACUGGAGUAGCAGAUGGAAUCACGGAGAACAUGUAUGCAUUGUCUUUCAAGUCUUAUCAAUCUCUAAGACAUUCCUGUCUUCUUUGAUGAACAUCGCUCUAUGUAUCGAACGUCUUCUAGCCAAACUUAAAUCUGUGGCCGCCAUCAGCCAGAAAUUGACGUCGACAGUGUCCGGGGUGGUAAUUGUCCUUCCUUGGUGUCUUGGUGCGCUCGUGUGUGCUCCAAUUCUUCUUAGUAAUCGAAUAUAUAUUCAUCACUUUAUAUACGACCAAUAUUGUAUGAUUGUAUUGGAGAAGGCUUCUCUUAUACCCAUCAUAGUUACCAUGUACCUAAUCCCACUCGCGCUGCUGUUGUUGGUUCCGACAGUUAUGCUGCUCGUGUACAAGUACAAGAACUUACGUAGGAAUCUUUUGUCUGAGGAGCCUGUGAAACCGGAAGCUGUCUCUUUGCAUAUGUCCACACUGAGUGCGUGGAUUGCGAGUCUAUGUUAUGUUACUUUGCAUGGUCCUCUGUCGAUUGUCAUCACGCUUCUUAUUAAGUGUACAAUGCCCGACUGUCCAAGUACAGCUUCAUACGUGAAUGCUUACACCGUCUCCACCAUAACGAGCGCAGUCACGCCGUUUGUUUGGAUCAUAACUGUUGAAGUUCGUGCAGUUUUCUCAUCAAUACAAACCUUCCUUUCCAGAAUGCUGGUCCCGACUGAUGGACGAAAGAGUGUUCUCUCCUUUUCUUCACUUAGAAACCAAAUGCCAACCGACGACACCGUCGUGUUAUCCUAGUACAAACUGAUAUGGGUGCAUAAUGUUAUGCAAUAAUGUAUAUGCUAUGUAUUUGAUAAUAUAUUUGUUUUUACUGACUUAUCAUUUCUGAUCUUUGACAAAAAGUAAACGUCAAAAUAGAUAUUGAG